AUGAAUACACGAGUGCCGUACUCCGAGUACAUGUACCUGCCAACAGUCUCUCAUCAGUGGUCUACGUAUGAGGACAUACUUCAACCUGUUUGCUCACAGAGGGACAUAACUCCAGACCAGCUGAGAGAGAUCCUACAAAGUGUGGCUGAAGUUUACACGAGGAAAGACCGAGCGACUCAUUUCUAUAAGGAGUUACCGAGAAUGUUGUGGAAGUUGCCUGUCGAAGAACGAUCCUAUUUUCUCGGAGUUGCUGUUCCCGAGAUGGCCAAACGUGCCACAGAAAUCGAGUCUAUCGUUGGAGCGAAAACGAUUAUUUUACUACGAAAACGCCGGGGCGGUGGAGAAACCCGAACGGUAUUUUUUACACCGUAUCAAGCAUCAGCGUUGUUGUCUCUGGCAUUCUUUGGUGUGCCCAUGUAUUGGCCCGAUGGUGACGAUGGUAUCGGCCGACCCUUCGUGCGGUUCAACUUCGCACAUUUUUUCCACGAUCGCCACAGCCAAAUCCACGCUGAUACAGAUCGUAUUGAGGACGCUUCUGGUCUACUACAGGCGGAUUUCGCCAAUUGCAGAGUUGGUGGUGGCGCGCUGUCUAGUGGCUGCGUUCAGGAAGAAAUACGGUUCAUGAUUUGCCCCGAGCUUAUUCUUUCCAUCUUAGUGGGAGCCGUUGACCCCUUGGCCGACUACGAAUCCAUGUACAUACAUGGCGCUAUACAAUUCACGGACUACACAGGUUAUGCUUCCUCAUUUUCAUGCAGUGGUUAUGUAGAUAAAGUCGCGGCACAACAGUCUGACUGUUUGAUUGUCAUGGAUGCUCUUCAUUUCGACCAAGAUCUGGUCAAUCAAUCGACCCAAUAUGAUCCGAAGCACAUACUGCGAGAAGUGAAUAAGUGUCAUAUCGCUGUAACGGCUCCUGGCUUGCCCGAAGGCGUGGCUCUGGCAACGGGCAACUGGGGCUGUGGUGUAUUUGGCGGUGACCCCCAGUUGAAAAGCAUCUUACAGUGGCUGGCCUGUUCGGUUGCUGGACGAGACAUGAAUUAUUUCCCCUAUGGUGACUCGAGAGUGGCCGAGUUGGGUCGAGUGGCCCUCGUGGCGGAACAGGAAGGGUGGACUGUGGGGGACCUAGCAGCCAAGAUCCUCUUGUAUGUGGCCAACUGGGCGAAUAAGUUCCAAGACUCAGACUUUCAGCAUGUUUGUUCAGCACUUACUGUGAGACUAAGCGGAGAAUCUCUAUGA